AUGUUCUGGGACCUCAACGUGGCCUGGGACGCCAAGCGUGCGGGUGCCUUUGCCGACCUGGCACUCAGGUUUGGCUUUGCUGGCAUCGCCUACAACGUGACGGUCUCGGGGCAGCAGGUCCACCAACUCCCGGAGCAUCACCCCGCCAUGGCAGAGCCGCGCGAGGCGGUUGGGGAGGCAGCGCUGAAGCUGCUCAAGGAGCCGCAGGUCAAGGUCCUCUCGCAGUUGCAGGUGCUUAAGAUCUUCAAUGCAGGUUUGAAUCAACUGCCCGAGACCUUGUGGAAUUGCAAAGAGCUGCGACAGCUGGACAUCGGAGCCAACCCAUUGGCCGGCGCGCUGCCGGCCGCGGGGCUAGCCGCGCACUUGACCUCCUUGGAGAUCCUCUUCGCCGCGAAGAUCGGGCUGAAGGAGCUUCCCAACUUGGCCGACUGCCCCAAGCUCCGGAUGUUAGGGGUCAAGGACAACCAGCUGAGCAGUUUGGAUGGAAGCCUUUUGCCCGACACCUUGGAGUGGCUCAUUGCAGCAAGCAAUCAAAUCAGAGCGAUCUGA